AUGUCGCCCUUGAAACUGUUGGUGGCGAUUGCGGCCUGUGGCGCCGUCGCCGCGGCCUCCGACUGCAAGUGCGGGCCCUUUUCGUACGCCGAUCCAUCAGGCAUCAUCAACCCCACGGGUUACUUGGUGGGUGUCGAUUAUCCCGGCAACGAUAUGGCCCCCUGCGGAUCAAACGGAUGCAAGAUGGACAGCACGUCUGAUCAUUUGGAUUGCGAGUCACUUUGCAAUUCGACUAAGAAUUGCAAUGCCUAUGUGUUUGACAACUGCUCCGACGGCCCCAUUUGCUGGCUCAAGAGCUAUGCAGAUCCUCGCAACGGCAACCCCAACAAGUGCCGCAACUCGCGCAUCCUGCAAGCCAUUCCCACUGGUCCUUAUUGUGCCAUGACCUCAAAGUGGGCCGCUGAUGUUGACCCCGAAAACACCCUCCCUGCCUAUCCUCGCCCUCAAAUGGUGCGCGAUGUGGAGUGGGCCAACCUCAACGGCAUGUGGCAGUUUGAGGGUGCCAACAGCAUCAGUUCGGUACAAAACCCGCCGUUCGGACAAACUCUAAACAGCAGCAUUCUUGUGCCGUUCCCGACCGAGUCCUGCCUGAGCGGCCAAUGGAAAAACUACCAAAACAUGUGGUACCGUCUUCUCUUCGAGGCACCAGCUAUGCCUGACGGCGGCCGCCUGCUGCUUCAUUUUGGCUCUGUGGACUGGAUGACCGUGGCCUUUGUCAAUGGCAAGCAGGUCGGCAACCACACUGGUGGUUAUGACCCCUUUACCUUUGACAUCACUGAGAGUGUCGGCAGCGGCAAAAGUGAGCUGCUCAUCUUUGUCAACGACCCCAGCGAUUACGGCCGUCAAUGUUUUGGCAAGCAACGCAUUAGCGCCAUCACAUCGCCGGGUGGCGAUACCUACACACCCAACAGUGGCAUUUGGCAGACCGUCUGGCUUGAACCUGUCCCGGCCAAUCACAUUGAUUCGUAUAAGCUCACACCUUCCCUGACCGCCAUCAACAUCUCGGUGGCAACGACGAGCUCGACCAACGUGUCCAUCGUCGUCUUCAACGAGUCUGGCGUCGUCACCAACGGUUCCUUCCCCUCGGGCCAGUGGACCAACCUGGAGAUUCCCAGCCCGCGCUUGUGGUCGACCGAGGACCCGCACCUUUACAACUUUACCUUGACCAUCCCUGGCGGUGAUAGCGUGCAGGGCUAUUUUGGUCUGCGUACCUUUACCCUUUGCUCGGAUGCAAGCGGCACCACUCGUCCUUGCCUCAACAACAAGCCCAUCUUCAUGGCUGGCUGGCUUGAUCAGUCUUACUGGCCCGAUGGCAUCUACACAGCACCAACUGACGAGGCAUUGAAGUUUGAUGUGGCUGCCGUGCAUACGUAUGGCCUCAACAUGAUCCGUCUGCACCAGAAAACCAACCCGCAGCGGUGGUACCAUUUUGCUGACCAGAUGGGCAUCAUUGAUAUGGUGCAACACUACGGUGAUGUCCAUGGUACCACCCCGGACCCGAACCUGUACAUGCAGGACCUCAAGGCCAUGAUCGAUACUGUCUGGAACCACCCAUCGGUGGUGCAGUACGAGGCUUUCAACGAAGGCGACAUGGUCAGCCACUUUGACGCGCCUUCGGUUGUCAACUGGAUCAAGGCCUAUGAUCCGUCACGUUUGGUGGACACCAACUCGGGUGGUCCAGCCAACAACUUGCGCGUGGGCGACGUGAACGACGUGCACAACUACCCCUAUCCUCAGCAUCCUGAUGCCGACCACGGCCAGUAUGCCAUGAUCGGGGAGUUUGGCGGCGUGGGUGCCUUUGUGGAUGGCAAAGAAUGGUGGCCCAACAAGUGCGGCACCUAUUUGCACGUGGAUACGCCAUCCGAAGAAGCUCAAACUUACAUCAACAUGACCCUCACCAUGCUGCAAAACCAGCCCCUGUCGGCAUCUGUUUACACUCAAAUCGUUGAUGUGGAGCUCGAGUGUGAUGGCUUUUUGAACUACGACCGCAGUAGCAAGUUUUCCGAUGAGGAUGUGCAGGCCGUUGCCAAAGCUAACGCAGCCCUCAUCAAGAAGCUCUGA